AUGAUUCCCACGGUACCAGAUACUCCUCCUGAUAGCCCAAACUUCCCCCCAACAGUGCAACUGGCCGCGAUGUCGGUCUCGGGAAACAAUGAAAACGAUAAGCCAGCUGGUGCUCCUAGCAUAGAGGUCUCUGGUGACUCUGCAGGUACCCCACGCAAGCAUCGACCUUCUCCCCUUCACGUCCAAUCCGAAGCUGAGAAGUUUCCCUGUUUUCUCCCAGCCCCAAAACCAGUCCCCAAAUCCAAGAGUCUCACGGAAGCCGAGAUCAAAUCCGAAGUCCUCAACGACACUCAAGUCGCCGCGAUCGCCACACAACUCCAAUACGAUGCACCACCCUUGUCCCUCGAGGAAGCUCGUCAACGCCGAGAAUCGAUCAAAGAUGAGCGGAAGAAGUCAAUAGAUUUCAUUCGUCGUCGUACAAUGUCCCGUGCAAGUACCCUUGGCCGGCCGAACCUAGAGGCGUUGAAUGAGCCGAAGUUUGACCAGGUUGCUGAGGGUGAGAAGAAGGAGUAG